UUGUUCGGAGUAUGCGUGCAUGUGUACGUCUAUAUAUACUUGUUACAACCCCCACUAGUAAAUUCAUACGCAUCGUUCUUUCCGCCGAAAGCUCUCUUUUGAGUACACUCAACUCUCAAGUCACGGUCUCUCUCUCAGUAAGCAAAUUAGUUAGUAGCGAGCUGAAAUUUGCUACAAACUCAGGCAACCAUGUCGACCAUGCCAACCAUGUCAACUGUGAGACUUCCCUCCCAUUGCAUGCUCAGAACUGCACCUCAGAACGGUUUCACCGGUGCCAUUAUCAAGUGCCCAUCAUCUGUUGGAUCUGUGAAGAACAUCUCCAAAGCUUUUGGCAUGAAAGCAUCCCCCUCUUUCAGAGCAUCCGCGAUGGCAGUAUACAAGGUUAAGCUUAUAGGACCAAAUGGUGAAGAGAAUGAGUUCGAUGCCCCUGAUGAUGCUUACAUCCUAGAUUCAGCUGAAACUGCAGGAGUUGAGUUGCCUUAUUCAUGCAGGGCUGGGGCUUGCUGUACCUGUGCUGGGAAGAAGGUGUCAGGCUCAGUGGACCAGUCUGAUGGCUCAUUCCUUGAUGACAAACAAAUGGAGGAAGGUUAUGUGCUGACUUGUGUCUCAUACCCGACUUCUGACUGUGUGAUUCACACACACAAGGAAGGCGAUCUUUUCUUAGUGUGAUUGUUUUGUUGGGGUUUGAGUAGGGUUUUGUGGAACUUCAAGUGUUAGUCAUUUUGUUUUGUGGAAUUCCAUUUAAUCCUAGUUGUCUUAAUUGCA